AUGGCCGUCUUGCGGCAGAAGGCAGGGGCGCCCAGCUCCUGGGCCACCACCGGGGCCUGCCUGCUCCUCUUCUCCUCUCUCCUGGUCCAGCUGCCGGCGGACACGCACAGCCUUUGCUUCUUCCACGGGCAAGCUCCUUGCCUCUAUAAAGGGAAGCGCUUUGCCCCUGGGGAGUCCUGGCGGGAUGCCAACUGCUCCAAGUGCUUCUGCCUGGAUCCCCUUGGCGUGGGCUGCUGUGACACGAUGCAGCUGCCUCUGGACUUCCCAGAGUGGUGUGAAGUGCGCUACGACGCCCAGGCCUGCGAGCUCUCGCUGGUGCAGAAGGCCCACCCAAGCCUGCCUUGCGUGAACAAUCUCCAGCACGGCUGGGGCUCCGGCCGCGCACCAGAGCAGCCGCCCAGCCACCCGGCGCCCGAAAUGCCACCCCUGGGCAGGUAG